GCGUUUCCGGGGUGGGCGGGGCGACGGAGCCGGAAGGAGAGGCUUCCUGCCGGGCCCGGAGCGGCACAGCGGCAGUCUGCGAUGUGUGAGGCCGUACUGCUGGACCUGGCUCACGGCCGCUGUGCCGCCUGCGCCGGCGCGUCUCUGCUGGAGGAGUCUGCGUCGGACCCGCACGUGUUCCUGCUGUGCGGGAGACGUUACCGGGAGAAAAACGGCUUUUCGGACGCGUUUCUGAGCUCGUGCAGAAGCCUGCGCGUCCUGGACUCCGAGUCCACCGCGGAGUGUUUGUACCAGUUCAAGCAGGCUCUGGACGAGCUGGACCUGAGCUCGGUCCGGGUCUUCACGUCCCCGCAGGGUCGAGAGGUGCUGCUUUUGUACCAGGAGCGGCUUUUUACGGCCGUGUACACCUUUGACUACGAGGUGAGUUCGGUGGACAGCCUCACCUGCCCGAGCUGCAGAGGCUCCGCCCACACCGACUCACCUGGUGAAGGAGGCCACGAAGAAGACGUGUCGUCGUUUGUGCAGCAGCUGCCUGCGCUGAAGGGAGAAAUCACAGUCCUGAAGUCAACGCUGGUUCCAGACUGUUUCGGUCAUGGCUUCAGCACCCGUACGGGCGGUGUGUCCUACAUCCCGACCCUGUCCUCCUUGAAUCUGUUCAGCAGCAGCAGGAGGAGGGACCCCGGGGCCGUGGUGCAGGAGAACACACGGCGACUGGCCCUCCAUGCUGGUUUCCACCCUCGGCCGCUACGUCUGGUCAAGGUGAAUCACGGCAGCGAUGUUUGGGUUCUGGGGAAAGCCGAGCCGGAGAGCUACGACGCCGUGGUGACCGAUCAGACCGGGGUGGUCUUAGCGGCUCCGGGAGCCGACUGCAUGCCGAUCCUGUUCGCUGAUCCGGUGUCAAAGGUCAUCGCAGCCGCUCACGCAGGUUGGAAAGGGACCCUGAUGGGGGUUGCUAUGGCGACGGUGGAUGCCAUGGUGACGGAGUUCGGUUGCCGGGUGAGCGACAUCGUGGUGGCCGUGGGGCCGUCGGUGGGGGCGUGUUGUUUCACCCGGGAGAGAGAGCAGGCGCUCGACUUCCACUGCAUCCAUCCAGACUGCGUCCCUGAUCCAGAGUCAGCCAGACCGCACGUCGACAUCCGCCUCGCCAACAGGAUUCUCCUUCAGAGGGGCGGCAUCCUGCCUGAAAACAUCCACGACGACGCGGCGACGGCUCGGCCCUGCGUGACGCCCUGCACCUCCUGCCACCCCGAAGCCUUCUUCUCACACGUCAGGGACGGACCCAACUUCGGCACCCAGGUGGGCUUCCUGUGGAUCAAAGAGACGGGGGAACAGGCCCGCCCCCCGGCAGGACUGUAGUCACAGAUAUCAGCUGGACUCCUGUAUGUAAUAAUCAGCAGGUGGAAACAGCUGCAGGUAAUAUAUUACGUGUUAUACAGCAGUGGACCUGAGGACUUCCUCCACUAUAUAUAUCACACUGUUCUGAUUCUGUAUAUUAAAGUGAAAUGAAUAAUAUAGCAGGUUGCACAAUUAGUGUUUUCUGUUCCACUGUUUAAAAGUAUAUUAAUUUUAAUGUUUAUUAAUUUGAGUAAAUGUUAACAGCGCAGUUAAAGUUCCAGCUGAGUGGGUUUUAUUGAACAGGGCCAAUUAAGAUCAGCAGCUGCUGCUAAUGUCGUGAGCAGUUCAGGUGCAGGCGGGAGGCCGGAGGAAAGAUGGCCGCUGUGAGUUCAUCAAUCUGAAACUGCUCACACGUUACAGGAGAAUUUAUAUCCUGAGAAUAAACAUCAUGAGCUUUGAAUUAAAGGUUGUAUCUGCCA